AUGGUCAAUGAAAACUUUGCGGCCAUGCUUGUGUAAAUAACACCUUACACGCUAGCUUUGAUAAAUCGUCGAAUAAUUCAAGCUUUAGGCAUUUAUUUGCAUGUGUAUCUAAUUUUAAGCACGGCACAUUUUACAGCGUCGCCAGGUAGCUAGCUCAACGGAAGCAUUGCACGGAGGCACGUAAGAAUUGAAGGCCUUAGGAAGGAAGGAGAAAUAUCCUUUGCAGACGAGUGUCGCGCCAAAAACGGUAAACAAAGCAUUCCUGGAGUGAAACGGCUUAGAAUUUAGACCAGAAAACAUUAGGCGAGAAGUCUCACCAUAAUGGCCAAAGCCACCACCUGCAAAGAAGCGUUAAAACAAUGGGAGGAGCGUACGGGCCAGAAGGCCUCGGAGGCCAAGGAGGUCAAACUCAACGGCGUAUGGCCUCCCAUCGAGAAAAUGGACAGCAGCCUCGGCCAGCUCGCUCUCUGCGAGAAACUCUCCCUCUCUACCAACUCCAUCGACCGUAUCGCUAACCUGAACGCGCUGAAGAACCUGAAAAUUCUCUCACUGGGUAGAAACAUGAUCAAAAACCUCUCCGGUCUGGAAGCUUUAGGUGAUACACUGGAGCAGUUGUGGAUCUCUUACAACAACAUCGAGCGCAUGAAGGGAGUCAACGUGCUGCGCAAGCUGACUGUACUCUACAUGUCCAACAACCAGGUCAAGGACUGGACGGAGUUGGUGCGCGUCAACGACCUCUCCAGCUUGGUCGAGCUGGUGUUUGUAGGAAAUCCUCUGGAAGAGAAGUAUGCAGAAUCUGGCACCUGGCACGACGAGGCCGCCAAAAGGCUGCCAAACAUCAAACGUCUUGACGGCAUACCCAUCGUGCGCUGAAGCGGUACGAAACAUGUGCUCUCGUGUGUCUGAAAUGGCGAGGGAAUGUUGGAAGGAGCAAGCUUUGUGUCCCAGUUUCAGGUUCGUAUUGUUGGUUUGUGUCGAAGUGGUUGUGUAAAGCAGAACAGUUUUCAUCUGUUAUGUUCGAAUCCAUUACAGAUGAAAAGAAGUUUGAGAGAUUAGAAUGAGUCUGAUGAAUUCUACUGCUGUUUUUUCAUACAAUAAAGCAAGCCAGGUCCGGGCUCAAAUUCAAA